UAUUAAGUGUGAUUCGCGGGGCCUAGGAGAGCGUCAGGCGCGGCCACGACGCAUCGCGACUCGCACUUGGUUGUUGUCAUCGCCUCCUGGAGUCGUCAUGUCGUCUGGCAAGAAAGGAAAGAAAACAAAAGGGAAACCCGUUCCCCUCGGGGAGUUCCUUGGCGCUGCCAGCCCAGGUGGUGGGAGCGCAGUUGUGGUAAACAAAACGAGCUGGGCUGAAGAGUCCGAGGAUUAUGAUGAAGACCGCUACGUUGCACCCGAGCGAUUUGCACUGCCAACGGCACCACGCACUGCCCGCGGACCUGAUGUGGAUCCAGAUCGUAUCCCAACCAGCCCGCCAUUCACAGCUUACAUUGCUAAUCUUCCAUUUGAAGUGGAUGAUUUGGAGAUUGAGCGUUUUUUCACUGACUUAAAGAUUAAAUCUAUUCGCUUACCACGUGAAGGUGGAGAAAAUGGUCGCUUCAAAGGAUUUGGAUAUGUUGAGUUUGAGACUCGAAGUGACCUGAUUGAUGCUCUCUCUAAAAAUGAUGAUGUUAUGCGCAAUCGCAAAAUCCGCAUUGACGUCGCUGAAGGUGGAGAGGGUGGUCAGCGAAGAGGAUUCUCAGACCGUGGACCUCGAGAUGAGGAUCGCAUGGACCGCAGCGAAGGGGUCUCUGACUGGAGGGCAGCACCUAGAGAUGCCCCGUCACGUGAUGGAGGAAGGGAUGACCGCAGUCCUGGCAGAGGUGGUUUUGACCGUGACCGGCGUGAUGAUCGUGGAUUUGGCGAUCGUGACCGCGGUGGAUUUGGUGAUCGUGAUCGUGAUCGUGGUGGCUUUGGCGACCGUGACCGCGGUGGAUUUGGUGACCGCGACCGAGAUCGUGACCGCGGUGGAUUUGGUGACCGCGACCGAGAUCGUGACCGCGGUGGAUUUGGAGAUAGAGACCGUGGUGGUGGUUUUGGGGAUAGAGACCGAGGGUUCAGGGACAGAUACGGAGACAGAGGGUUUGACAGGGACAGAGGCUAUGACAGGGAUAGAGGCUAUGAAAGAGAUAGAGGGUUCAGGGACAGGUAUGGAGACAGAGGCUAUGACAGGGACAGAGGCUAUGACAGGGACAGAGGCUAUGACAGAGACAGAGGCUAUGACAGGGAUAGAGGUGACCGUUAUGGAGGUGGUGGUAGCGGCGGUGGCGGCGGUCGCUAUGAUGAUGAUCGCAGAGGAUUCCGAGAGGGCGGAGACAGCCAGUGGAGACGUGACGAUGGGCCAAGAGCCCCUCCAAGGGAUGAUGCUGGAGGAAGAACACGUCCUAAGUUGAACUUGAAGCCUCGAACUGCACCUUCAAGUGAAGAAAAGGGUGAUGGAGCAUCUGCUAGCAGCAGCAUUUUUGGAUCCGCUCGACCAGUGGAUACUGCAUCCCGUGAGAAGCAGAUCGAAGACAAGUUGCACUCAAAGGAUGGGCCACCACCACCACCAAAGAAGGAACCAGCUGUUGUUGCUACAGGAAACAUCUUUGGUUCAGCUAAACCUGUAGAUACAGCUGCCCGUGAGCGUGAGAUUGAGGAGAAAUUACGGAGGUUAGACAAAGAUGAACCUCGUCGGGAUGACCGUAGGGAUGACCGUAGGGAUGACCGCAGGGAUGACCGCAGGGAUGACCGCAGGGAUGAUCGCAGAGAUGACCGUAAAGAUGAUCGCCGUGAUGACCGUAAGAUAGAACGCCGGGAUGACCGACGUGAUGACCGGAAAAUUGAAAGGCAUGAUGAUCGGGAGGAGGAUCGCAGGGAUAACCGCCAGGAUGAUAGAUCUGCUAAACGGGACAACAAUGUUGACAGAAGGGAGGACCGAGGACCUCGUGAUGAUAAGGAUGGACAGGAUGAGCCAAAGAAGAAUAAUGAAGUGAACAUGAAGGGAAAACAUGCUGAAGAUGAAGAGGUGAUUCUUAGUGUGACCAACAAGUUUGCCACAUUGGAAAUGGAGAUGGAAGAUUAGUUUUGUGUGUACAUAUGUGUUCUGUUGUUGGUGGCUGAACUUUUUACUUGGCCUCCUGACCUGUGUGCUGGGUGAUCUACCUCUGUAUGCCAUGCCUCUGUGAGGUUGUCUUCUUACCUUGUGUACACAAUGUCAUCCAUGUCUGUUACUGAAACCUUGGAGGAGUGUGGACCUGAGUGCAUUGUUUCAGGCCUAAUGCCACAGCUAUUGCAGCAGAGUGAUUUCCAGCAAGCUCUUAGCUUGCCUUUGAUUGAGCAGGCUGCAGAUGAACAAUAUGCACACCAUGUGUUCAAGCAGAGUCAUUGUGACAGUUUCCAGUAUAACAUGGAGAACAAGGAUAUGUGCACCUGUCCUAUAUUUGAGUGCUGGCGCACAGAUGUGGUUGAACACAGGGGAUGUAGGCCUCUGUUGCAUUUUGUGAAUAUCAUUAGUCUUGUUUACCAACAGUACAGAGUACUUUCUCUCCGAUGGUGUGCCCCAGCAUGAAAUUUUGAGUAAUCAUCUGCAUGCCCCCCUCCACCCUCAGUUAUUUUUUCUUUCAUAUUUAUAUUUUAAGUUUUUCCCAUAAAUAAAUUUUGUCAUGUUUCAAAUAUAUUUUUUCUAUUUAUUUCCAAAUAUUGACAUUAAUAUUUUGUCAGAAUGAUUCUGGUAAAUUUUAUGCUGGGGCACAUCAUUAAGGAUGAGAUAGCAUGUACUGAGUAAACUUGAUCUUCCAUGGUGUGAUAAAGAUGUCAAGCUGUAAUGGAGAGAGAAAAUCUCUUACAGUGAUGGCAGCUAAUGCAAUAGCCUUCCCAAACUGUGAUGCCAGUGUUCAUUAUUAUUAUGGCUGUGUUGUGGUCUCUGUACCAGGCCAGUCAGCUUCCUCUCGCUGGGUCCUGUAUUCCCCCAAAUGGUCAGCCUGUUGCAUAGUAUGCAUCUAUUGGUGAACCCAUUCAUUAUGGAUAUCUUUCCAAGUAUUAGUGGCCAGUCGUAGGUAUUGGCUCACCGCACUUCCUUUCUGGGGUAGCUGCAAAGUCGUAGGACUUUGAUAUCCAUGCAGUUCAGUGGUGGAUUGAUUUAUGGAGUGUUGAGAGGUUCCCAGACAGGCAGGUGGACACUGUGGCACAAAGGAGAGGUAGUCCCGGCUAGCUAGGGAUGGAGCCAGUAGAAAUAUGUAGUUAUCUUAGAAAAUAAUCAUAGCCUACUUGUAUCUGCUGCUGACUGUCAAGAGCUUAAAUGUUUUUGUAAGAUUUUUUUUUUUCAUGUAUCCCGUCAUGCCUCUCAGUGAUUAAGGUGCAUGUGAUGCAGUAUGCAAAGCUCCUUAGGGAUUUUAAUCCAGAUGGAUAUAUUUUCUUGAAUUAAAUUUAGAUAUUCUAGCAAACAAGCAGGUAGAUGAUUACAUGCACAGACUUAAAUAUAGAUAUUCUUUAAAUUUCUCUUUAAAACAUAGUCACAGAUAGUAUAUGUCAUAAGGAAGCUAGUGUUUGUAGUCAUAGGAGUGUGAUAUAUGCACAUGAUGUUUUAUAAGAUGGGCUAAAAGUCAUAAUUUAGCCCUCCACCAUAUUUUACAAAGGGUUUAUUGCGUGUGAUUCUUAAUACAUUUGAUACAGAAGCACCUGUCUAUGCAUUCAGCUUGUAACUUUAGUUUAUUCAGGAUGGUGAUCUUUAUGAAAAAACUGUUAACUAGCAUGUUAAUCUUUUGCAUAAUAAAGGAAAUGAAUGUA